AUGGAGUUGUUUGUUGCGUGUUUUUCUAAAGACGGCAUUGCCAAAAAUGUCGAAGCUGCAAAUGCUAUUGAACAAAUGCUAGACCUUAACUUUCAACUUCCCGAAGGCUCACUUGAUGAGCCAGGGCCUAAUGAUGUAUUCUCGAAAGUGAUGGGAAAAGACAAACAUGGCAGUGCUCGGAUGUAUGGGCUAGGUGUUAGAGGUUCAGAUAUAUGGGGUGUCUUGCCAAGUCGCUCUGCCUGUUAUAGGGAGAACAUGUUGUGGAAAAGAGCAUAUAAAGAUGUUCGCAAUGAAGUAGCUGAGCUGAAAGCUAUGGUUGGGGAUGUUGUUCAUCUUAAGAGCAUCAUAAAUUCCAUGGAAAUUAUGGCAAGAGGACGUGUUAAGAGCUUAGAUCCAGAUGAAUUGGCUGGUGGCGAGGAGAUUGGUCCGAAUUGGUGUGAGGUACAUGUUUUGGUUGCUAUAAGAAGGAGGGAACAUUUGGUUAGGCCAUAUGGAUUGUUUAUUACAAUUGAAGACGCUAUUGGAGCAACAAUCGCAUGGCCUUGUCCUUUCACUGUGGUUGUGCAUGACGGAGAUUGA